GUUUACAUUCAUUUCUCUUCUUCUUCCAUCUCUUCGUAAUUUGAUUUUCUUUUAAUUCUGAUUGUUGAUUUAAUUUGAUUUUUUCUUUUUGUUAACAAUUAACUUGAUCCAUCCAAAUCUCUCUUCUCAAUAUUGUCUCAUUUGUUUACAUCAUUCAAAGAUUCUCAUCUCUCAUCACCUUAACCUGAUUUUGUUUUAAUUUGUUUUUCUCUAAUUCCUUUAGAUUGAGAUUGGCUUUUUCUCUGUCCUAUUGCCUUAGAUUGUUACAUUUUUCAUUUUGAUUGUUUUGCUUUUUCAUUUGCCACUUCCACCACCCAAAUGGCUGUAAUUAAUUUCACCGAAGGUAUUUUUAAACCAUUUCUCCGUUUUUUUGUCACCCUGACCCACGGUUUGAUUCCUUUUGUUUCCUCCUCUUCCACAGAUGAUAUAAUUAAGCGUAAAUUGCUCAUCGAUGGUGAUGGUCUUGGUGAUGAUCGAAGGAUCAACAUUAUGUUAAAGACUUUCUUCAAAUGGUGUAGUACCCAUGAGAAUGAUGAAGAACAGGCUCUUAAUUAUGAGCGAAUUUUGUUAAUGUUAACCAACUGUGAACACUCAAUGGCCAAAUCUCAGCAAAUUUUAUUCAUGAAUCAUUUGGAAAUGAAAAAUUAUCAAGAUUUGUACAAUAAGAUUGAAAAAGGGAUCACCGAUUCUCAGAAAAAAAUUGCCGAUCUAAAGGUUGAACUACAACAGGCGAAGAUUAUCCGUAAAAAUAAGCAAGAAUAUGAUGUUUUGGCUCAAAUAAUUAUGGACAAUCCUGAUCGUCGUGAUACCUUGGGUCGACUUAAUCAAUUGGAAGAGGAAAUUAACAAACUACAAUUGAUAAAAGAAAAUCUAAAUAAACGAUUGGAGCAACGAGGUAAACAAUUCCAAGUUCUUUUAACUUCAGCUCAUGAACUUCAGAAAAUGCUCUCAGAUGAGGAUAAUAAUGUUAAUAGUAUUGAUGAUCAAUUUUUGGACAAUUUAAAAAGAGCUGUUGGUGAUAAACCAGUUCACGUUUAAAGUGAUUAACUGUACAAAUCAAGUACUUGGACUAGAGUUAAAUCCAUAACAAUAAUCAUCGACAAUAAUGAUCUCCAUCCCGAUUUUAAUUCUAAUUCAUUUAAUCAUUUGUCUCUUGUUUUUCUCUUGCUAAUUUACUCUUCUUCUUUCCAUUCAAUUAAAUUCCAAACAAUUAACAAAAUUGUAUGCAAUUAGUAAAUUCUAAACAAUUAAAAGAGUGAAGUGUGAUUUUA